AUGGCAUUCAAUGUUGUUCGAAUCCUGACGUUGGCGGUGAUUCUCCUCGUUGGAUUUAUCAAUGCGGAGGAUUAUUACGCCAUUUUAGGCAUUUCAAAAGACGCAUCUGAUAAAGAUAUCAAAUCAGCUUAUAGGCAAUUGUCCAAGAAAUAUCAUCCAGACAAGAAUCCAGGCGACGAGGAUGCGCAUCAGAAGUUCAUCGAAAUUGGAGAAGCCUACGAGAUCUUAAGCGAUGAAGAAAAACGCAAAAUUUACGACACUCAUGGGGCCGAUGCGCUGAAAAACGGUGGUCCUGGCGGACAGAGAGGUCCAGGAGGCGGCUUUGGAGGUGGAUUCGGUGGAUUUGGAGGCUUUCACGAUCCAAUGGAUAUGUUUGAACAGAUGUUUGGUCACCAACGCGGUGGGAGAGGUAGACAACGCGGACCUAAUCUAGAAGCACGCGAAGAGUUGACUUUGAAAGAAUUUUACAGAGGCGCUUCCCUUGACUUCACUUUAAAUUUGAAUGACUUCUGCGACGACUGUAAGGGGUCCGGAUCUCAAGACGGCCAGAGUACGCAAUGUCCAGACUGCCAGGGGCACGGUGUGGUGAUACAAGUGGUGAGAAUGGGGCCCAUCACGCAAAAAAUUCAGCAAAUGUGCGGUAGAUGUGGAGGAAAAGGCGCCAUUAUCAAGAAUAGAUGCAAAGCGUGCAAAGGUGAAAAAGUCGUACGCAGAGCAAAGCCUUUCCACGUUGACGUACCAGCAGGUGCUCCCCGAGACUACGUGGACGUGAAACCUGGCGCGGCCGACAAGGGCCCUGAUUUCGACGCCGGCGACGUGUUUGUAAGAUUCGGAGAAUCAAGCAAAGGCAACUUGGGUUACAGAAGACGUGGGCCUGACUUGUUCAGAACCGAGGUCUUGACUAUGAAAGAAGCACUUUACGGCGGGUGGAGUCGAACAAUCGAGUUUUUGGAUCCCAACAAAAAGGUUACACUCACGCGUAAAAAGGGCGUUACUGUAGCGCAUGGCGAGAUCGAACGCUUGAGUAAGUUUGGCAUGCCCAAAGAGGGCAACAAACACGGCGAUUUGUACAUUGAUUACGUUGUUUUGAUGCCGCAGAAGGUUACCAAGCAAAUGUCUCGAGACGAGUUGUAA